GCGUAAACGCUAUUUCCUAAAUUCCAGAGGUGCGUAAACGGCGUUUACGUGCGUUUACCCUCCACUACAGCCCUGAGCAUGAGGGACUGUGAAGUGUCAGGAACAACUAAGGCAAGUGUAUUUACAUCUAUUGGGACUCCUACAAAGUCUUUUGGAAAGGUUAUGGUCAUUUCUAUAUAGCCAAAGUAAGGCACUAGCUGGCCAAUUGCACCUUCCACUUCUAAGAGGUCAUGAAUCGGCUUAAUCUUCUGCUCUGAAAGGUGCUGCUUGUAAAAUGACUCAGGUACAGUGGUAACUUGUGAGCCUGAAUCAAGAAGGCAGUUGACCUCUUCACCUCUCACAGUCACUUUGGCUGUGCUCUUGAUGCCAACCAGCCGUUUGGGGAGUCUAAACGGUUGGUCCUGCGUUGGAUGAUGUAAGCUGGAACAUGUUUGAGCUUUAAUGUUCUCUGUAUGUGUAAUGUCUUUGUUGAUCUCAGUAGGGGUUUUGUCUUCCUUGUUUACGUCUGAGGGACGUUGUUGACUCUCCUCAGCCCCUGUUUGUCCCACAACAGGAACUGUUAGUCGUUUAAAGGUAAGUUUGAAUCAUUUUGAGCUUCCCACUGGCGCUGUUUUUUUUCCAACUGCCUCUUCUUUUCUGCCACUAGGUCGGGGUUUGCGGGGUCGGUGCAGCAGGGGGCAAUGUGCCCAUCUUCGCCGCAGUUAAAACAGUACCAGGGCUUGGGUUUGUAUGUCUGUUUCUUUUUGAUUUGUCUUUGCAUGUCUGUAUCAUUUGGCUUUGACAUCCUGCUCUGUUGCUUCCCUGCAGAUCCCUUGCUGCUAGCUCCUUUGGUGUUUUUCUGUGACAUGUAUGUAGUUAGUUGGCUUUGCAGACUUGCCACUUGCUUUCUCAGAUCCUCAAUAGCACUGAUACUGCUCUCAUCUUUCUCCUCUGGUUCACAAACAUAUGCGCCAUGGAACUGCACCUGAGCUCUUUGCUUUGUGAUGCCAAUAUGUUUUUUCAUACGACAGGAUUUUGCUUGCUGUCGAUCUUCUUCGGAGCGAAUCAUUAGCAAGAGGUCUGAGAAUGGGGGUGGGCUGCUCUUCGUUUGCUCCAGUUGCAGGGCGCUGAGCAAGGUGUUAUCCCAACACCCCCUGCAGAACUGCUUAGUAAGAUGUUUGUCUACUUCUUCAUGUGUAACUCCCCCCCUUUUUGUUGCUCUGUUCAAGGCUAACUGGAGCCGAUGAAGGUAAGUGGAUGAUUUCUCACCUGGGUCUUUGGAGGGUGUUCAGGAAUUGAGCAAAGAGCUCCUCUCCAUCUUCCACAGUACUGAAGGCUGAGUCUAGGAGCUGUAGGUAGGCUGCAGGCGGUGACUCAGGCCGUAAGCUUUUAACUACAUCAGCUGCUGGUGGGAGCAAGCUUUCAUGGAUUUUUCUGGAUAUUUGCAGAGGAGACAUGCUAGGAUCAUUCUGGAGCAACUCAAUGUGUAUGCGCCAUGUGUCAUAAUCAGUUUCAUGAUUAGGUCUGGGAGUCUUGCCGGAGAAGGAGCGGAGUCUCACUUGGGAUUGGAUGUGUGGGACAACGUCUUGCCUCCGCACAAUAUGCUCGACCACGACCUUCUGGAUGUCCGGAGUGGGAUGUGGCCUGCGCAUGCGCAGAGGGAUUUGAGCUUCGCGGUCGAGCCCACGGACAACAACGCACCCUGCGCUAUGGGAGUGCAGCGCCCCCCUGUGGCCACGACCGGAAGGGCCGGAGAACCAGGAGCUGCCCACCGCCCCCUGGUGGCAAGGACAGCGGCUAGGCUGCCGAAGUUCUCCGGCGUAACGCAGCUGGAGCCAUACCUGGCCCAGUUCCGGCUGGCGGCGUGGGGUGCCGAGGAGGCGGUUGUCCACCUGGCUCUGGCGUUGGAGGGGACGGUAGCAAGGGUGCUGCUUGACCUGGACAAAGCGGACCAGCGAGACCUUCAGGCCCUGAUCCGAGCACUGGAGAGGCGGUUGGGUGAACGGGUCUCCCGCAACGAGAGCAAGCAGUUGCUGGCUUCUCACCGCCGCAGGGAGGAGGAGAGCCUGGGCGUCUACGCUGCUGACGUCCAGCUCUUGACCCGGCGCAGCUACCCGGAAUUCUCCGCGGCUACACGGGAGCCCUGGCGCUCUUCGCUUUCCUGCGGGGACUGCAGCCGGAGAGUCUGGGGCAGCAUGUCCGCCUCACCGAGCCCCAUACCCUCGAUGCGGCUCUGGACCAGGCGGAACGGGCUGAGGAGGAGCUCUGCCGCCGUGCAUCCGUGGACGCGGCUGGGGCAGCGGCCGCCCCCGGCACAAAGAAUGUGGAGGUCAAGUCCAGGCAGCGGAAGGGCCGGAUCCGGACGGCCACCCUUCCCGCCAGCGAGACGGCUGAGGCUUCCCUUGCGCAGUGUCGGCAGCUGGGGCUGGUCGAGGACUGCGGGUGGACGGGGCAGCGUGCCACUCAUCCUCGUCGGAAGGCCAGACGUCGGAGGGCGGCGAAGGAUGGGGUGCCCGAACGGCGCCCCAGAGGCCCCCUACAGCAGAACCUGGUGGGGGCCCCAAUUGAGGUGGUCCCCGACCACACCCCCAGGACCUCUGCAGACAAUUGGAGACGGGCGUCCCAACCCGAGGGGAAGGCUGCACCGCAACGGGGCCGCUACUGGCAGUGGCCAAGGCGGCGGCGCCGGCCCCCUGAACACUCGGGACUGUGCAGUGGGUGUUGGGGUCGUCGGGACGUCUGACCCCUAAGGUGGGGGCUGUGUGGCGACUCCUACCCCCCGGGGAGUCUGGGUAAUGGGGUAUUCAUAAUGUUGUUUGGGGAAAAGGGGUUUUAUUGUCUUUAGAUAACUUGUUUAUGUUAUUAGGUUAAGUGGGGU